CUCUCUAAAUCUAAAAUUAAUUAAAUUAUGAAUACACAAUAAUAGUCAACCUGACUAUUAACUUCAUAAGUUACAAUAAAUAUUUAACAAACCUUUUUCCUUUUGUUUUGCAGGAUAUUUUUCACUCCAGAUAUAGUUGCUUCACAGCUGAGUGGUAAGAUUGUGUUCAAGCGCACAUGGAGGAACUGUUUCCACAUCUCAUCUGAGCUCAGGACUUCAUAUUUUGUUUCCUCAAACUUGUCAUGGACCAGAAAAUCACAAUGGCAAAACCUAAAGGCGAGAGGAAAGGCAAAUCUGCCAUCAACGAAGUUGUAACUCGUGAAUACACGGUUAACUUACACAAACGGCUUCAUGGAGUAGGUUUCAAGAAACGCGCUCCUCGUGCCAUCAAGGAGAUCCGUAAAUUCGCCGAGAAACAAAUGGGAACUCCCGAUGUUCGUGUGGACACUCGCCUAAACAAAUUCCUCUGGUCUAAGGGAGUCAGAAAUGUCCCCUUCCGUGUCCGUGUGAGGCUGUCUCGCAGACGUAACGAUGAUGAGGACUCUGCACACAAACUGUUCACACUCGUCACCUACGUACCCGUAGCCUCAAUCAAGGGCUUGCAGACAGAAAAUGUUGACGCUAGCCAAGAAUAAACACUAAGUUUAAGCUACUACUGAAUUUUCUUUACAAAUCCCGAAUAUAAUUCAUUAA